UGUGUUCGAACCUGUGAGCGGGGGGACAUUAAUGACUGACGGUUCAUCCAAGCGGAAGUUUGUUUUGUUUUGAAGAAGUCGGAUGUUGUGCAAACUAACUAACUCCUCCAUCUAGCUGCUAUAUUGUGAACACGGUGGCUAAAUGAAGAGUGUAUUUAUCAGUGGUCAGUAAGUAAACGCUGAAAUGUCUCCCAUUAAAGAGUACGUCGAUAAACUGACUCGUGUUUAUGAGCGGUACACUGAGUACGUGAAGAGAAACCCAGCCGCUGCAGCACACCUGGAGAGCACGGUGCGGACACUCUCCUACCUGAUCGCAGGGCGAUUUGCAGAUUCCCAUGAAAUAUCUGAACUAGUGUACUCUGCCUCCAAUCUGCUGGUGUUGUUCAAUGACAGUAUUCUGCGCAAAGGGCUGAGAUGUGCCAUCCCUGUGUCUCUCUCUCAGCAGAGACUCCUCACCUGGCUGUCUGUGUUGGAGCACGUGGAGGUUUUCCUGGAGAUGGGGGCCUUCAAGCUGUGGGGGGAUGUCGGCCGCUGGCUGGUGAUCGGACUCAUUCAUAUUUUUAAGGCAAUAUUUCGCCUCAUACUUCUUCUGUGGUACAAAUCCGGCAUCCAGACGUCACCUCCCAUAACUCCCCUCGACAGAGGUGAAGAAUGUGUCGGUGAAGAUGACGGUAACAGGGAGCAGCAGGAAGACACCUGCUUUGUGGGCCACAGGUCAGGCCGGGUCAUCAGGCCACUAGGCAGCGCUCCCUCCCUGCAGGCGCGGCUGUGGGGGGCACCUAGUCAGAAUAAGAGGAGGAACAGCUUAAACAGGGAGACGCUCCACAGCAAACCAACACCGCUGAGGCUUCAGGAGACCCUCGCUGAGUCUGUGUACAUCGGACGGCCACUUGUGCACUUACUCUGCCUCGCACUCUGUGGAAAACAGUCCUGGAAGCCGUGGCUCGUCUCUGGAGUCCUCGAACUUUCCAGCUUUGCUGUGCUCAGUGAUAGAAACUGUCAGAGUCGAUGGGAGAGGGCCGAGAUGAGGAGGAGAACCUUUCUUCUGCUCUACUACCUUCUCCGCUCUCCCUUCUAUGACAAAUUCUCAGAGGAAAAGAUUCUGUUCCUGCUCAGACUCCUGGCUGAUCAUGUUCCAGGAAUAGGCCUUGUUGCACGCCCUCUGAUGGAUUACCUCCCCACCUGGCAGAAGAUCUACUUCUACAACUGGGGAUAAAACUAGCUGGAUGUGUUCGGAUCUUUGAUGUUUGCAAGUCAACGAUGAGAAAAGAACAGUCAGGCCCAGGGACAGACGCUAUGAUUUACCCAAAAAUCAGAUAAAAAGAUGUGGGAAUAAUUACCACUUCCGACUGACUGCCAGGACCUUCGUAGUAACAACCUUCCUUGAUUAAGGAGGCUAUUUCAGAAAUAAAGCAACAUGUUUUUCUUCCUCAAGGUUUUAGUACCUUGUUUCUGACACUACAGAGCACUUAUAUAUUGCUAUAAAAACAAUAUUUGCUUUGUGAGUCAGAUGUCGGAGAACUUCAUUCCUUCGAGUUGCUUUCAUGCCAUUGUCUGUACUGUGAAGACUUUAUGGAUACGUGGCAUAAUAUUUGUGAGCAAUGGCAGAAAAACACAUCCAACAACUCAUUUCCACCAGCAGGCGUUGAAGCUCUAGUUCUUGGGAGUUUCCGUGCAGGUGAGAGCUAACAGAUUAAACAUCAUGAACACUGAGGGUGUGCGUGUGCUCGUGUGUGAGCGUGUUUGAGCUGGAGUCGAUAACAAGUCAGAGGUUUUAAAUCUUUAUUAACAUUCUGAAUAAGUUUCUUUUUGUAGUCUACAAAUAAAUAGUUGAAUGUUUCAUCCUUUCAGUU